AGAGGGACGCAAGCUGGGAGGAAAGGGGGAGUCGAGGAGGCGGCGGCGGCGCUGGAGGGCUCCUCUCGGGGACCGGCCGACCCGGGGAGCGAGGAUAUCGCUCCGCACCACUCUUCCGCCUGCCGCCAAGCCGUCCCUUCUCGCUAUGUCCCAGAGCAGGCAUCGCGCCGCGGCCCCGCCGCUGGAGCGCGAGGACAGCGGGACCUUCAGUUUGGGGAAGAUGAUUACAGCUAAGCCAGGGAAAACACCAAUUCAGGUAUUACACGAAUACGGCAUGAAGACCAAGAACAUCCCGGUUUAUGAAUGUGAAAGAUCGGAUGUGCAAAUACACGUACCCACUUUCACCUUCAGAGUAACCGUUGGUGACAUAACCUGCACAGGUGAAGGUACAAGUAAGAAGCUGGCGAAACAUAGAGCUGCAGAGGCUGCCAUAAACAUUUUGAAAGCCAAUGCAAGUAUUUGCUUUGCAGUUCCUGACCCCUUAAUGCCUGACCCUUCUAAGCAACCAAAGAACCAGCUUAACCCUAUUGGUUCAUUACAGGAGUUGGCUAUUCAUCAUGGCUGGAGACUUCCUGAGUAUACCCUUUCCCAAGAGGGAGGACCUGCGCAUAAGAGAGAAUAUACCACAAUUUGUAGGCUAGAGUCAUUUAUGGAAACUGGAAAGGGGGCAUCAAAAAAACAAGCCAAGAGAAAUGCUGCUGAGAAAUUCCUUGCCAAAUUCAGUAAUAUUUCUCCAGAGAACCACAUUUCUUUAACAAAUGUAGUAGGACAUUCUUUAGGAUGUACUUGGCAUUCCUUGAGGAAUUCUCCUGGUGAAAAGAUCAACUUACUGAAAAGGAGCCUCCUCAGUAUUCCAAAUACGGAUUACAUCCAGCUGCUUAGUGAAAUCGCCAAGGAACAAGGUUUUAAUAUAACAUAUUUGGAUAUAGUGAGCUGUGGGGACCCAGCUGAAAGGAGCUGCCAGCUCUGUGACAGUGAUUCAUCAGUUGAUGAGAAGAACAUUUGUUUCCUGAGCUUAGAAGAACUGAGCGCCAAUGGCCAGUAUCAGUGUCUGGCCGAACUCUCCACCAGUCCCAUAACAGUCUGUCACGGCUCCGGGAUCUCCUGCGGCAAUGCACAGAGUGAGGCAGCUCACAACGCUCUGCAGUAUCUAAAGAUAAUAGCAGAAAGAAAGUGAGCCCGAAGCAACCCCAAAAGCCCUCGGUAGCACAUAAGAAAUCCCCCUUCACCCCUUUCCGAGUAAAACAUUUACUACACUUGAGUUUGUGUGGUGUUUCUAAAUUUCUUCAUAGCUUCCAUCAACACUCCAGGUUUAAUGAUCUCCUAGUAGUUAUUAAGCUCUUUUUAAUGGCUUCAACUUUGUAUUGGUAUACUGUAUUUAUAAACUUUGUACCAUAAGCAGAGUGUAGCACCCAGGUUACAAUGCCAUGUACAUACAGGGAAGAAACUGCAUGUUUGUUACUGAUGAUGAAGAUGAAGAUGUCAAAGAAACAAAACUGCUAGCAACAGUCGUCCUUACUGGUGCUUAACCUCUUUGCGCAAGGCUUUGUACAGGGAAUUCGAAGGAAGCCCCUUAGAGUUGGGAGGAACACGCUAACAAGCGUUUAUUGAAUGUGAUUAUUGAAUUUCAGGGAACAUGAUUGGUCUGCUGUGCAUUUGAAUCCAUGUAAUAAAGAGCUGUUGUUGUAACAGGUUCCACUCGUUUUAUUAAAGCAUUACUG